AACGAUUUUUACAAUGUCGAUAUUAUUUUCACAUCCCUUCAAUAUGAGUCGGUCACAGAUUACAAAAAAAAUAUUUUAUUCAUUUAAUUUAAUUGUUUGGUGUAAGAUUCCUUAUAUUGUAGUCCCAUGUAUUAUGAUUAAAAUUAAAUAAAAAAUACUGAGUCUAUUUUUUGAGAUGAGAUUGUAGCUAAAACUGCAGUAAUAUCAUAUUACAACAUUAUAUCUAAGGUGUUUUCAAAUAAACAGCCAUGUCUUCUCAACUAAUCGACAGGUUUAAGCAAUUAGAUGCCUAUGCCAAAACUUUAGAAGAUUUCAGAAUUAAGACUGCGACAGGAGCUGCCAUAACUAUAACCGGUGCUCUUACUAUGCUGUUAUUAUUUUUAUCAGAACUUCACACGUACAUGUCGCCUAACAUUUCUGAAGAAUUAUUUGUUGAUACGUCAAGAGGACAUAAAUUACGGAUAAAUUUUGAUAUUGUUGUGCCUACUAUUUCCUGCAAUUAUUUAGUUCUGGAUGCAAUGGAUUCAUCGGGUGAGCAGCAUCUUCAAAUGGACCACAAUAUACAUAAAAGAAGACUGGACUUAGAUGGAAAUCCAAUAGAGGAACCCAAAAAAGAAGAAAUUGCUCUCAGUUCUACCACUGUACAACAAAAUAAUUCAGAAAUUGCAAAGAUUACUUGUGGAAGCUGUUAUGGUGCUGCCUUCAAUGAAUCACAAUGUUGCAAUACUUGUGAAGAUGUAAAAGAAGCAUAUAGGUUACGGAGAUGGGCUUUACCAGAUUUAACAACUAUUGAGCAAUGCAAGGAUGAUGAUUCCAUUGAAAAAACAAAUUCAGCUCUUAAAGAAGGUUGUCAAAUUUAUGGCUACAUGGAAGUAAAUAGAGUGGGUGGUAGUUUCCAUAUUGCUCCAGGCAAGAGUUUUACAAUUAAUCAUGUCCAUGUACAUGAUGUACAACCAUACUCGUCUUCAGUAUUUAAUACUACCCAUGUGAUAAGACAUUUGUCAUUUGGAACAAAUAUUAAAAGUGCUAAUACUGCUCCUCUAGAUGGUGUCACUGGGCUGGCAAAAGAAGGUGCUGUUAUGUUCCAGUACUACUUAAAAAUAGUGCCUACAAUGUAUAUUAAACUGGAUAAGACAGUUCUUUAUACAAAUCAGUUUUCAGUAACAAGACAUCAAAAGUCCGUUUCUGGUAACCAUGCUGAAUCUGGAAUGCCCGGAGCUUUUUUCAGUUACGAACUAUCGCCAUUAAUGGUUAAAUACACUGAGAAGGAAAGGUCUAUUGGACAUUUAGCUACAAAUAUAUGUGCAAUAGUGGGAGGAGUGUUCACAGUAGCUGGUAUUCUUGACACUCUUCUAUAUCAUUCUCUUAAUGCUCUUCAGAACAAAAUUUUACUAGGAAAAACCGGUUAA